CCCUGCGGCUUCUGAGCGGAAAAGGCGGAGUUGUGGCACCAUGAGGGAAAAUAAGAACAUGUCCGAGUCCCCGUCUCAAGCGGGAAAAGAAAUACCGGUUAAGAAACAGAAGCUAAGCAGCGACGAGAACAGUAACCCGGAUUUGUCCGGGGACGAGAAUGACGACGCUGCCAGCGUUGAAAGCGGCACCAAUGCAGAGCGCCCGGACACGCCCACUAACACCUCCAAUGCCCCGGGUAGAAAGAGCUGGGGCAAGGGCAAAUGCAAGUCCAAAAAGUGCCGAUACUCUUUUAAAUGCGUCAACAGCCUGAGGGAAGACCACGGCCAGCCUCUUUUUGGGGUCCAGUUCAACUGGCACAGUAAGGAGGGAGACCCACUGGUGUUUGCCACGGUCGGGAGCAACAGGGUCACUCUCUAUGAAUGUCAUUCUCAAGGCGAAAUCAGACUACUGCAGUCUUAUGUAGACGCAGAUGCAGACGAAAACUUCUACACGUGCGCCUGGACCUACGACACCAACACCAGCCACCCCCUGUUGGCUGUCGCCGGAUCGCGGGGAAUCAUCCGCAUCAUCAACCACAUCACCAUGCAGUGCAUCAAGCAUUACGUAGGUCACGGGAACGCCAUCAACGAACUCAAAUUCCACCCGAGGGACCCGAAUCUUCUUCUGUCGGUCAGCAAAGACCACGCCCUUCGUCUGUGGAACAUACAGACGGACACGCUAGUGGCCAUAUUCGGAGGAGUGGAAGGUCACAGAGAUGAAGUCCUGAGUGCUGAUUUUGACCUCCUGGGUGAGAAAAUAAUGUCAUGCGGGAUGGACCACUCCCUAAAACUCUGGCGGAUUAACUCCGAGAGAUUGCAGAAGGCCAUCCGAGGAUCUUAUGAGUACAACCCCUCAAAGACCAACAGGCCGUUUGUGUCACAGAAAAUCCACUUUCCUGACUUCUCCACACGGGACAUCCACCGGAAUUACGUGGACUGCGUGCGGUGGCUCGGCGACCUCAUUCUCUCCAAGUCGUGCGAAAACGCCAUUGUGUGCUGGAAACCUGGCAAAAUGGAGGACGACAUCGACCACAUCAAAGCCAACGAAUCCAACGUGACGAUUCUGGGACGUUUUGACUACAGUCAGUGUGACAUCUGGUACAUGCGCUUCUCCAUGGACUUUUGGCAGAAGAUGCUCGCUCUGGGAAACCAGGUGGGGAAGCUUUACGUUUGGGACCUUGAAGUGGAGGACCCGCACAAAGCCAAGUCCACCACGCUCACACUGCCCAAAUGCACCUCCGCCAUACGGCAAACUAGCUUUAGCCGUGACAGUAGUAUUUUGAUCGCCGUGUGCGACGACGCCUCCAUCUGGCGCUGGGACCGCCAGCGUUGAACACCAGAGCAGGGAAUUAAUUUCAUAUGCUACCUUCUUCUUUUGGAAUAUUUUAAAGGCCCCCGCUUUGGUCAUACCUCCACUUGGAGUACUUUUUGUAAAUGUAAAAACUGGUCAGAUUAUUAAAUAGUGUUUGUUUUAGUUCAAAAGCACUAUGGUGACUAAUUAGGAGACAUCAAAUGUGCAUCUUUAUGUAGUUAGGACCUUUUCCUCAAUAGGCU